AAGUUUAUUCUUCCAAGAGAUGGUGAAGGCGCGAGCGAGAGUAGAAGGGGUGAAAAAGCCAUUUAAUAUAUAAAACUUGCUUCGAGGCAGGUGUACACGGUGCAGCUGAGAGCAAUUUCCCCUCCUGGAGUUAGCAGAAAUAAUUGGAAUUGGGUAGCCUUGGUGCAUUAGGUGCAACUUCUGCGCUAUGGGAAAGAGAAACAAGAGGACAGCAGAUAGUUCGUCCUCUGAAGAUGAGGAGGAAUAUGUUGUGGAGAAGGUUCUAGACAGGCGUGUUGUGAAGGGUCAAGUGGAGUAUCUUCUCAAGUGGAAAGGAUUCUCUGAGGAGCACAAUACUUGGGAACCUGAGAAGAACCUUGACUGCCCUGAACUGAUUUCUGAGUUUAUGAAAAAAUACAAAAAAAUGAAGGAAGGUGAAAAUAAGCCCCGGGAGAAAUCAGAGAGCACCAAGCGGAAGUCAACCCUUGCCAACAAUACUGAGGACAUCAAAGCCAAAAAGAAGAGAGAGAGCACCGAUAUUGCCAGGGGCUUUGAAAGAGGGUUGGAGCCGGAAAAGAUCAUCGGAGCCACAGACUCCUGUGGAGAUUUGAUGUUCCUAAUGAAAUGGAAAGACACGGAUGAGGCUGACCUGGUUCUAGCGAAAGAAGCCAAUGUGAAGUGUCCUCAAAUUGUGAUAGCCUUUUAUGAAGAGAGACUGACCUGGCAUGCAUACCCAGAAGACGCCGAAAACAAAGAGCGAGAAGCAGUGAAAAGCUAAAGUGGCCAGGGUCCUUCAUCCACCCAUAGUUGUACAUAUCCACCCUUCCUUCCCUUCCACCCAGAUGCAUCCAUGAAAAUGUGCUUAUUACUGUGCUCGACAGGAGAAAUGUUGAUAUUGGUUGGUUUAGUCAUAACAUAAAUGGUGUGAGUUGUGUUGAGUUUCACUCAAGAGGUUGACAUGCUGUGUGUGUUCCUCUCUCCCCUCAUCUCAGAAUCCCUAAAAUGGUUCUUGUUUUGAAAGCCACCUCAGAGCUUCCGGGCCAUUCCUCCUUGGCCUGGCUGUUCCGUUCUCCAUCUACUACUUCCCUGUGUUGUAUGUGGAGGGUUGUUGUCUCCCAUUGCUCUAGAGGGCUGUUGUAACACUGACAGGAGCUGCCUGCAUCCUGGGAAGACCUGUCCAGCUUGGAUUCUGAGAUUGCCCAAAUAACAAUCAAGCCAGGACCACAUGGGGGCUCUUUCUAACUAUUUUAAGAAUGGCUGACAACAUGCUGGAACUGGAUUCCAGAUUGUUCUCAUCCUGGUUCCCAGUGCCAGCUUGGCUGUCAGCCCUACUCAUUCCUACUUGGUGCUCUUCUUCUCUAGCUGCAGGGUAGGAGCAGGUAAAUCUUAGGAGGGAUCCAGCAGAGACUUAUUAGCUGGCAAAAAGGACCCUUUCCCCUUCUAGCCUGUUCUUUAUUGUAGUCAAACUAGUAUCCUUCUGCUCUCUCCACUUUAAUUUUUCUUUCUUUGCAUUAACAGCGCAUUACAUAGAUAGCCCAGCUAAAUUUUCUGUCUUCUUUGAGAUCCCUCUUUGUCACUAGCUGUCCCCCUCCCUUUCCCCACCAAAACCAUUGCUUCCAAAAUGUGAUUGUUUAUAGGAUGUAUCAUCAUUUGGAUGAGUCCCCGAGGUGCUGCUUUGCAUGCAGCAGGCUUUUCUAGCAUAAUCACCUCUGUUUGAAAGAGACCUUUCAUUCUGGGAUCUGGGCCUACUCUUCUUUCCAUGAAAAGUCAUUUUGAAGGAAAUCAACUACCUGAGUAGUCUCUUCUUACAGGCACCUGGCUGUGUCUUGUUACGCAUAGCAGACCAAUCUAGAAACAGCUCAGAAGAUGCAAGUAGUGUUCCAGAGGGGCAUUUUUAUUUUGUUUGGCUGGCACCUGAAGCAUGUAGCAUUUCUCUGCCCCAGCAGUGGGGCAGUUGAAUAAGUCUAUAUUUAGGAUGUUGGGAUUGUUAAAGUAGUUGUGCCAGCAGUUGCUUUCCUCUUGUUCCAUCUGAUGAAAGUUUGGAGGACCAAGUCACAGAAAACUGGUAGUGGACUUCUCCGUAGUGCCCAUUCCCCAUGAUAAUUGCCCAUGCAUGUUUUUUUUUCACAUGGAAUGUCUGUCUUGUGUAGUAUAGGUGGGACUUCAGGGCCUUUCAGAAUUUGAUGUUCACUAAAGUUUUCAUCUUCACUCUCCCUCCUUGCAGACAGCCCGUGCUGCAUCUUUCGACAAGCAAAAGCAAUGCUGACAGUAUUAACAUUGAUCAGCACUGGCCUCCCACCGGCUGAAUUUUUGGGUGCCUGAUGGCCAUUAAGGGUUGUGCCAGCUGGUAAUAUACUUGAUGGGAGCCUGCACAAAGAUUAAUUUUGACAGGAGGCAGACUUCUUUUACUGUAGAAUUGAAAUGCCUAUGGCCUUUGUGUUACCUUCAGAUCUCUUUUCUGGGGCUAGGGCUUGGUUUCCCCCCUCCCCCGGCCCAUCUUAUUAACCCUAUGAUGCUCUUCCAGCUAUUUUCUUCUUGCUGCUUUAUAGGGAUAGGAGGGUGAGGCGUUUUCUACCAGUGCUUGAUAUUAAAUCCCAACUCAAUUUUCCUGCUUGCCUCAGUUUGGCAUUGUGAACUUCUGUUUUCUCUGUUUUCAUGAGGGGUGGCUCCCCACACUUCCAUUCUAGGCCUCAGUUCUAAGUUCUGUAACCCUGUCAGGAAUUGCUACUUGUUGGCAAUUUGUGGUACGGUAACAUGAAUCUGUGCUGCUAGUAGUGACUCCUGUGUCACCAGUGGACUUCCUUGUUCCCAGCAGUGCUGACUGUCGAAUGCCCAUGGCGAGAGUCACUUUUUCAGAAUUCUUCCAGCUCAGUUGCUGGAUGUAGUCAUGACAACCAUAUCGGGACAAAAAGCCAUUUAUAAAAGGGAAUUGUGUUUUGCUUAGCACCUAAUGUGGGAUACCUGUAUGGCAUCCCUCUUCAGAGGAUGCCUGGCCCCAGGACUGGUGCAACCCCUGCAGCUUUGCUAAACAGACUUUGCAACUUGCUGGGGCCAAUUAGACCAGCUUCUAGUGCAGCCUUCCCAAGCCUUGGCGCCUUUCAGAUUUACUGAGCUCUCAGUGGUCCCCAGGUAGCCUUACUGGCUGGGGAAUGCUGGGCAUUGAAGUUCAAGUCAGCACAUCUGGAGGAUACCAGGUCAGGGAAGGUUUUGCCACUCUACUGUCUGUUUCCCCCAGAGCACACUAGUACCUGUUGACCAUAGUGGGUAGAUGGUUUAUUUUGUUCAGGUAGAUAUGCUUUUAAUGUUUCUGUUCUGGAACCCCUUACUUGGCAUGGAUAACCAUCAUGAAAGUGCGACACUCAAGUGGUCUUUAGUUAUGUUGUAGAGAUUGGUAAAGAAUAAAGCUGCAGCUCUGCAUUACUGGUGUCCAUUUGAGAAGUGCCAAAUGCAAACAGAACCACAACAUCAGUUGCCUGACACUGGAUGUCGCACAGGUUGUCUGCAUUGAGUUGCUGACCAGCAUACAGCUCUUGAUUUCCUUGGAGCUUUUCAUAGCUCUUGACAGCAUUGACCUGCAUUAGCUUUCCUCUGUAUUAGCAUCUUUUCAACACCACUCCCCACCCCCACCCCACAUGCUGAGCUGAGAAAAGGUAGCAUCUGUUAAACGGGAUUUGUGAGGAAGGAUAGAGUUAAUAGCCUGUUUGCAUUUAGUCUGUACUACUUGUCAGGGUCCAGGGCAUAGGCAGCAAGAAGCUAGAUAGGCGCAGGGACCAAGGCAAUACAGGCAAGAUAUUCUAAGUCCAAACACAAGUCCAAGUUACAAUUUCAAACAGACCAAGGUCAAACGAGAGAUGAUGUGGGAUACGGUGAAAUCUGGUAGACAAAUGCGGUCAGAACAGGACAGAGGUCAGGAGUGGUAAAGACUACACAACUGGGAACUGGCUCCUGGGAGCAGGAUGACAAGGAGGGGUCCUGGAGGAGCAAGAUGGAGCAAGCAAGGUAGGAGCAGGCGAAGAUCCUGGGGGCAUGGUCCAUAGGCAGUACCUGGCAGGAAGCACCACAACAAGCCAGGACGCCUCCAUUGCUAAGGCAAAGACUGAAGGGAAGAGCCUGUUCUCAUAUAGCACAGGGCCAAACGGAGGCUCGGGAGCCACAUGCUGCUGUUUGAGCUUACUCUGCAGCUCACUGCUGCAGGUGCCCACUUGCCACCUGCCUGCACUGCCUGCUUGCUGCCUGUCAUUUGCAGGCACUGCCCAUGGGAGCUCACUCGUGACUCUCAGACAUAACGCCAUUUAUCAUAUGUGGCUCUUCCACUGGGCAAGUCUGGCCACCCCUGUUAUAUAGGUCUUCCCCCAGGUCUGCUAGCUGUUGCCCCGUAGAGCCAGAGAGCUUCAGUGAAGCAGGGCCCUACUCCUGCACUGACUGCUGCAGCUAUGGAGCUGCAGAGCAAGGCCUCAGUCCUGCAUUCACUCCUGCAGAGCGUUCAGAUCCUGACAUUUGUGUACUGUGAAUAAUCCCCUUGGGGAGUUUUUGCGACAAGAGGACUUUAAGGUUCUGCAAAUUUUGCAUAUUACCACCUUAAAAGAAAGAAACCUCCCUGUGUUCCAUACUCUUGCCUGCGCUGGAAGUUGACUUCUCUUGCUUAGUCUCUUUCUGCCUCCUGUUCUCUAGUUAUAGCUGUUGGAGAGGACUACUCACUGUACACUCCAUUCUUAACAUGAAAGAUGGAAAAAGCAAGUAGGUUCAGGGAGUCCUCUUAAUUUUGUACUGUUAUGAGCCAUCUGUUUGAAUUGAAGCAAUGUGGGAAGGGGGUAAGGCCCUGGAUGUUUGUGCUACUGCAUGUGUUUAAUGUACUCAGCUCACCAACUCAAGUGAGGGUUCCAACUCAUAGCUUCUGGAAAAAAAGAGAAUUAGGUGGUUUUAACCUAAUGCUACUUAACAAGAGAGAUGCAGGGGGGCAGGAGCGUGUUGAACUGGAACCGGGAAGCACAUGUAAAAUCUGGAAAGGCAGAGGCGGCACAGUCCUUGUCUUGCUGUUGCUUCCACUUAGCCCAGCAGAGGGCCCUGUGAUAGCCCUUCCCUGCUUUUUGGAUCAGGCUAGUGUGUUGUAUCACUUGCCAGGAGUUUUCCUUGCAUUGUCUGGAAUUGGGGCAAGUGGACAGACAGGUAAAGAGGAAGCCUCUGCAGUCCACAAUGAGUUCUCCCAGGGCUCAAAGUAUUUGCUGCCUGGAAACCCCUUUCCUGUGCUGCAAUUCUGCGGAACUAGGCGGAGAAUUUCCCCAUUGUUCCUAGCUCCUUGGGCUUCGCAGCCCACACCUCCAGAGCAGAAUCAAGUUGAUUUCUGAAGAAUGUAUGGCUAAAUAAGAGCCAUUUCCUUCACAAGUGUUGCUGACUUUGGAGACCCUCUCUUUAAAAAGCAUGCAGUUCCACCAUCUCAUACAGUGCUUGUCACACUUCUUUCUUGUUGCUGUAGAGUGUGUAGGAGUAGAAACAACAGAGGUGGGAGUACUGAAUGCACAUCUUCUUAUAUACACACAGAAACACACUCUGCAGCCUCAACACCUUUUUGUUUUGUUUUUGAGAACUGCUGCAAAUAGACAGUUUCAGCUCUACCUGAUUUCCUUUCUGGUGAUUUUAAAUGCUUGUGUAUUGGGCUUAAAAAGCAAGCAGGCAAAGGCAUCUGUUAGGAAAUUAAUAGGCAUUUGAUAAUGCAAUUGUCCAUGGGGAUUAUAUGUAAUUUUACAUCCAUACCUAGGGAAAGAUAGGGGAAUUUCUGCAAACAAUUGUGCUAUGAUUUCUCAGAGGUGUGACUUUUGCUCUUGUAUGCUGUCCAGUUUUCCCUUGUGAGUGUGUGCGUGAGUGAUACUUUUCCAAGUGAGGAAAAUAGCUAAAAUUACUAGGAUGCCAUCCUACCCACCUGCCCUCUUGUUUUGGGGUGUGUGUACACGCCAUUAGUUUGAAAAAGCACAUCAAACCUUUCUCAGCUGUCAGGAGGUCCUCCUUGUCAAGUUAAAUGCCCCAACAAAAUGGGUCAGGGUGAAAGGUUGCUUAACUUGCUAAGAGAAAUCGAAAAUGCCUCUCAGUGGGCAGAAAUGUUGGGAACUACCAGCCUUUUAACAAGUUUCACCAUGUGAACUGAUGCUGUGCUGCAACCUUGUUCAAAGGAGUUCUUUUUUCUAAGAGGGAGAAGUUCUUUUAAUUUUAUCCAAAAAAGUGAAGCUAGAUUCCUAUAUACCAGAAAAGGGAAUUUUUUGCAGUUUCCUUCCUUCAGCUGAAGAUUCUGUAUGUUUGGUGUGUUUCUUAGUGCAGUAGAACAAGCCAGCUGAUUCAAAACAUCCAGGAUUUCUAAGCCAUUCAUGCUGCAUUUAGGUGGCUUCUGAACUGAUUCCACCUCCUCACUUUUUGGCUCUUGGGCUCAGUGUUUCAAUGGCAAAGCAAAACACUUUGAUGUUAGGGUUUUUGUUUUGUUUUGGUGUCUCCUUAUAUUUGGAGGUUGUGGGGAUGCGAUAUAUGUGCGUGAUGAGUACAGAGGUUUGAAUCACAGAUCCAGGUUUUCAUUAAAGGUUCAUAACUGCUUUGUGUGUGUAUGUUUGUGGGUUGUUUAAAAAAUAGAAAUACUUGGAUUUUUAAAUAGAGUACUUCCUCUCAGAAUUUAUCAUGGAUUAAGUUCAUGGUGAGACAUUCAAUUUGCAGGUGCAGUCUUCUGACGCACCCCAUUCUUAGCAUGCUGUCAAAAAAUGAAUUGUCUCCCUAGUCGCCUAGGAGAAUGGAAUAAAAUACAGAGAGAGAGAAUUAAUUUUGUUUUAAUUAAACUCAUUAAUUUUUUGAUUAACAGUCUAAUUUUUACCUGAGGUGGCAUCUAAAUCUUUUCUUGGCUGUAUGGGCUGUAAUGACAUGCUGUCUCCACCCACCAGUGGGAACAGUGGAAAAGGCAGGGGCGGGGGGGGGGAGCCAUGCAUCCAUCCAGCAAGAGAUGAAUUUUCUCAGAUCCCUUAUGUUACAGCUGCCUUUUGUUUGAAACAUGACCCUACUGCAUUAGAUUUCGCCUGCAACUUCUGCCAGAAUUGUAAGACCAGCAGUCUGCUGCUUAACUCUGUGGAAGAAUACUUGCCUUUGUUUGGGCUAUUGUGAUUUCUGUUAACAGAUUAUUUGUUGUUAUUUUAAAGAUGCCUUUUUAAAAGCUCUGAAGUAUUUUGAGUUAUAUCCCCAGCAUAGGGGACUUACGGUGCCAGGUCUUAGCAUCUUGUUUCCAAGAGACAAAGGGCACAAAUUCGCUGGGAGUUUCCCUUGUUGAAGCUCCUUAGUAAUGAAUGCAUGACAGCAGAGACGAUACCUCACUUCAUCACUUCAAAAGCAAAUGCCCAGAUUUCUUUUCCCAGGGAGGUAGCUUAUGUAGCUGCUCUGCUUGUGGUUGAGAUUUUUUUAUUUGGUUGUUGCCUCUUUUUUGCCUGGAUCCAACUGUACUUGUGGCAUACAAGAUUGCCUAGAUUGUUCAUAACAUGCUGAAGGUGCAGUUUUACAUGAGGCACUUUGAAAGACUUGCAGAUACAUGUAAAAUUGCAACUUUUGCUUGUGACAAAUGAUUUGGAUGACCCUUGGACAUUUGGUCUAUGGAAAAACAGGCAGAAAAACAAGCCUCAAACACAUGCCAAGUGGCUGAAUGAGAGAACCCUGACGGUCUGCGGCUAAGAAGCAGGGGCUGGGCAAGGAAGCUGAAACAUCCCUAGGUUCUGUAUAAUCAGUGUUACAAUUCUAAUGAAAAGGGGGAGGUAAGCUUUACUGGGGGGGGGGGGAGGUCUCCCCUCCCGAUUCCAGUAACAUGUUACCGUCCACAGCAGAUUGUCGGUGAACUUUUGGCUGCGUGUGUGUGUGUGUCUGUGUUAGCCCCCACUCCUUUCUGGUGACAUUUUAGCCAAGCCCUUGGAUUCCAAGCUCAUGUAUGUUACGCUGGUUUUUAAAGUGUGAACAUGAUUUUUAAAAUACGGAACUACUUGUUGUACAAUUUGACAUGUUACAAACCUCUCUCUCCUCUGACUUGUAUCCCUCAUCCCCACUCUUUCAUACUUCUUGUAUUGGUUCUAAUAAAUGGUUACUUUUCAAUACA